AUGGCCACUAACUACGAGUACAAUACCCCAGCUCCCGGAGUUUCCUACUUCACCCCACUCCAGGAUCCUCCCGCUGGAACGGCUGUGGUCCCUCAGCCAGAUGGGAAACCCAUCCCAAAGCUGUUCCAACCUCUGACUAUCAGAGGAGUGUCCUUCCAGAACAGGAUCUUCGUAUCUCCCAUGUGCCAAUAUUCCGCAAAGAAUGGCAUUGUCUCCCCAUGGCACUUGGCACACCUUGGCGGCAUAUUCACGCGUGGGCCAGGGCUCACCGUCAUCGAAGCAACUGCCGUCGUUCCGGAAGGACGCAUCUCACCAGAAGACGUAGGCAUCUGGUCAGACGACCACAUAAAGCCCUUGGCGUCCAUCGUCGAGUUUGCGCACUCGCAGAACCAGAAAAUCGCCGUCCAAAUAGCUCAUGCUGGACGUAAAGCGUCCACCCUCCCACCAUGGAAAAGUGGACCAGUUCUAGCAGUGAAAGAAGCCGAUGGCUGGCCCGACGACGUCUGGGGUCCCUCUACCACUCCUUUUGCAAAAUCCUACGCUGCACCGAAAGAGUUGACGAAAGAAGGGAUCAAGCGCGUUGUAAAGGCCUUCGCAGACGCUGCGCGACGUUCCAUCGCUGCAGGAUUCGACGUGAUCGAAAUCCACAACGCGCAUGGCUACCUCUUACAGUCGUUCCUUAGCCCCGUGAGUAACAAGCGCACAGAUGAAUACGGCGGAAGCUUUGAGAAUAGGACAAGGUUAACCCUGGAGGUCGUAGACGCAGUGAGAGCCACGAUACCCGCCAGCACACCUCUUUUCUUGCGGGUAUCCGCAACAGACUGGUUGGAGGAAAGCGCGCCCAACGAGGCGUCAUGGAGAACAGAAGAUACCGUUAGACUUGCACAUUUAUUGGCAGCUCACGGAGUCGACUUGCUGGAUGUCUCUACGGGCGGUAACGACCCCCGCCAGAGAAUCAAGUCGGGUCCAGGAUACCAAGUCCCAUUCGCCUCGGCCGUCAAGAAGUCUGUCGGAUCGAGCCUGUUCGUUGGGGCCGUUGGAGCCCUUCAUGACGCGACCGUUGCUCGAGACGUGUUGGAGAAUGGCGACGCGGACGUUGUGUUUGUUGGUCGGCAGUUCCAGAAGAACCCCGGACAGGUUUGGGAGAUGGCUGAUAGGCUUGGAGUGGAGAUUCAUGUGGCCAAUCAGAUUGGGUGGGGAUUCAAGGGGAGGGGGGCUAAAGCACUUGGGACAAAAUCUCAAUUAUAGACUAGAUAGACUAGAUAUCUACGGAAUUAUACGUUGAAUUAGAAUACAUGAACC